AUGCUCUUCCAUUCACACGCACAAACGCUUUCGGCGCCCUCCACGCACACUAGCGUCGCGGCACUCACACAGGCGAACGUUACCCACACAUCGAAGGCCGCGCACACAACCGAACGCUGGGAAUGCAGCGCUUUAAAGUUUCAUAUUGACGUGAAUCAUUUACCCUAUAGCGUCUGUGUAGCGACCCUUCCAGCUCAUUGUGUCGCAUUCACCCCAGAACAGUCGCCUCUGUUACCCCCGGAAUUUGCUCCUUGA